AAAAUCUAAAACCCUCAAACCGAACGGAGAAACCUCAACGCUGCUGGAAGGUGAAGCAUGAAAUCAAUGAAAAGCAGAAGCUUGUAAACUAAUUCACACAAAAAAGAUCCUUAGCAGCCCAAUGUUCGCUGCAAGAAAUUUGCGGAGGCAUUGCUUGAAGUUCGCAUGCUCUAUCCUCCAAUCCAAUCUCUCCCAGAAUGCCAUAUCGGGGCAUACAUCUCUGCAUAUAUCAAGCAACAUAAUUCAGCCAUACAACGAAGUUGCUUAUCAUUCUUAUGUCAAGCCAUCGAAUUCAUUCAAUGUGUCAUCCCGAGCAAUGUCAACAUCAAAAGGUAGAAGCAUGCGGAGCAAGGUGGAAAGGCGAAUGCAGAAAGAAUCUGGUAAAACAUUAAGGGAGAUUCGUAGAGCUAAAAAAUUGAAAAAGAAGCUAAUGACUGAGGAGGAGAGGCUUAUUUACAAUCUCAAAAGAGCCAAGAAGAAGGUAGCAUUGUUGCUGCAAAAACUCAAGAAAUAUGAGCUGCCAGAGUUGCCUUCUCCUCGACAUGAUCCUGAGCUAUUAACAGCUGAACAGCUUCAGGCUUAUAAAAAAAUUGGAUUCAGGAAUAAAAAUUAUGUUCCAGUUGGUGUACGAGGAGUUUUUGGUGGGGUGGUGCAAAAUAUGCAUCUGCACUGGAAGUUUCAUGAGACUGUUCAGGUUUGUUGUGACAACUUCCCCAAGGAAAAAAUCAAAGAAAUGGCCACAAUGCUUGCAAGAUUGAGUGGUGGUAUUGUGAUAAAUAUUCAUAAUGUGAAAACGAUUAUCAUGUUCCGAGGCAGAAACUAUCGCCAGCCCAAAAAUUUGAUACCCAUUAACACCCUUACAAAGAGGAAGGCUCUUUUUAAGGCCAGAUUUGAGCAAGCUCUUGAAUCUCAAAAGUUAAACAUAAAGCAAAUAGAGCAGAAGCUCAGGCGGAUGGGUGUAAAUCCUGAGGAUCCCACUGCCAUGGCCAGCAUCCAGAGAGUUGCUUCAACAUUCUUCAAUGCUAUUGACAAGAAAGAAGGAAGCCCUUAUGUUUUUCAUGAAGGCAAACUGUCGGCUAAAGAAAAUGUCCAAGAUUUGGAAGAGCCAGAGCCUUCUACGGAUAGUGACCAGGAAGAGCUAGACCGAUUCAUUGCUGAGAUAGAAGAUGCUGCAGAUAAAGAAUACGAGGCUGAAGAGGCAAAAGAAAAAGAAGAAUUUGGCAGAAUUAGGUACCGGAACAGAGAAGAAUUUGGAGGAAGAUAUAGAAAAUUUGAUGCCCCUGGAAAUGAUGAUUAUGAUGGUGAGAUUAGAGGCUCAAGGUUUCGACAGACUGCACUUGCUAAGCAGCAGGCUAGUGAUAGUGAUGUUGAAAACAACACAUUCUCUGAUGGUGACGACGAUGAUGAUUAUGAUGGGAAGUGGCCUGCCGAUCCAGACAGUAAUUCUGAUGAAUCUAGCGAGGCUAAAGGCAGGUUCAAGGCGAGUAAGGCGGAGAAGGAAAAAAGAAGUAAUUUUGGCAGGAGCCAAGUUAAUGGAAGUUUUAAUACACACGAAGGUAAAUUUAGGAAAAAUUCAAGCAUAGUUGAUUCCGAUUCAGAAAGUACGUUCAGCGAUCUUGACAAUGCGAUGUGGGAGUCUGACGAGGAAGAAAAUGAAUCAUCAGGACAGUUCAGUGGCAGUGGUAACUACAAGAGCAAUAGUGGGGACAAGUACGCAUAUCACACGAAGAGGGACAAUAGAAAUGGUGUUAGGCAUCAUGGGGCUGGUGGUGACGACUCUGACCAAAAUUGGGAUAGAUUUGAUGUUCCAAAAAGUAUGAAAGGGAAGCAAGGUGGGAUUGGAAGAGUUGAUAUAAACCCACGGUCGAUGAGUUUAGAAUCUGGAUCCGAAGAUAUAGCCAUUGACUCAGAAAACAGGAUGUGGCAUUCAGAUUCAGAGGAAGAGUUUAGCCACACUUGGAGGGUCAGUGGGCAUGAAAAGAGGGAAAAUGACUAUAGGCAUAAGAGAAGCCCAAAAGAUGGAGAUGAGGCAUGGGACAGUGACUAGCCCGUUAAAUUCAUCAUUCAUUGUGGAUUCUGUAUGACAAGAUGGCUUGAACACAUAAUCAGUCAAGAGUUAAAAAUUAUAAUGGCACUAAGCCCUUCAUGAUUGGUUUAUUCACUUGGUCCCUUGGUGGUAAAAAGCCGUUGUAUUAUACUCCUCAUGUAUGAACGCAGCAUUUUUAAGGGGCUUGAGGUAGACGCUUGGAAUAUCUGAAAAUAAUAUAUUUUGAAUGAUCUUGACAGUGAA